AUGAUAAAGCACAUGGGAAUGCCCAUGCUUCUCAAAUUCAACCAGAUCAUCAACUUUAUGCUUCGCCUUGGAUAUUUCCCAGCAAGCUGGAAAACUGCAAUUAUUGCACCAAUUCUAAAGCCAGGCAAACCUGCUACAGACCCAAUCUUGUAUAGGCCAGUGAGCCUAUUGUCAGCUCUGAGCAAGAUAGCAGAAUCUGUCAUCCUUCAAAAAGUGCUGGAAUAUGCAAAGGACAAAAAACUCAUGUGUGUGAUGUUUACACAAAAGGCUAAGUUAAACCAGCAUAUGGUUAUUCACACAGCAGAGAAACCUUAUGUGUGUGAGGUAUGUAAUAAGUCAUUUAUACUAAACUGUGAUUUAAACACGCAUGUACUUAUUCACACAGAAGAGAAACCUCAUGUAUGUGAGGAAAGACUUAGUAAUGAGUAUCAGUUCACGAGGAAUUUAAAGUUUGAUGAGCUUGUAAAGCAAACCCUCAUGCCAGAUACGGUCGAAAGCUUAUCACUCAAACACCAUUCCAUUUACCGCUGUUAUACUGGGCCUAGCCGGCGUGAAUUUGCAGGCUUUUUGCCAGUUUCUUCUAAUAUGGCAUCCUGGAAGAGAGAGCCUCGUAUGUGUGAAGUAUGUGAGAUGUUCGGUUCAAAGGCUAUUUUUCACAAUCAUAUGCUUAUUCAUACAGGAGAAAAACCUCAUGUAUAUGAAGUAUGUAAGAAGAUGUUUACUCGAAAGUCUGUUUUAAACCAGCAUAUUGUUAUUCACACAGGACAGAAAGCUCAUAUUUGUGAAGUGUGUAAUAAAAUGUUUACUGAAAAGGGUAGUUUAAACACACAGUUGCUUAUUCACACAGGAGAAAAGUCUCCUGUGUCAAGUACAUAA